AUGGCGUGCGCCCUUGAUGUGGUUGCAGGGGGGCGGACACCAUCGGGUACUCCCGGGGCGACCGCUGGGGAGCAGAUGCCGUCAGGCGCUCCUGGGAUAGCCACUCCUGAAGUCCCUGCGAGCGCUCCUGAGGUGAUCGCUGGUGAGCAGGUGUGGCCCGGUGCUCCUGAGGCGGCCGGCCCUGAAGCUCCGACAAGUGCCCCUGAGGUGGCGGCUCAUGAGCAGGUGCAGCCCGGUGCUCCUGAGGCGCCUGCCCGUGAAGCUCCGGCCGGGGCUCCUGAGGUGGCGGCACGCAGCCCAGCCACAAUGGGCCAUGCUCCGACCCUCGGCUCGCUUCGUCUGAACCUUGGAGCACUCCGCAAGAGGAAAGGGCUCCGGAGCUGCAGUGGUGACGCCCCCGGCUCCUGA